AUGUGCAGACUGUAUAAUGCAAAGAUGGUCGUGAGAGACUCCACUGGCUCAAUGGAACUCUUGGUAAAGGACAUGAAGGCAGAAUUCAUCUUACAAUGUGUCCCUUCAUAUCUGAAGAAAUUAAUGUUAAAGGAUAAUGGGGCGCAAAUGCUCAAAGAUUAUAUUUCUCAGUUUUAUGAAUGUCCAUACGUGUUUAUUAUUCCUGCUCCAAAAUUUGGAUGCGUUGACCAUUGUGCUCCUUUGGUGACUUUUGUGUUAAAAGUUGAUUGGUCAGAAGAGUGUUGGCACAUUUUCAAAGUGGAAGAAGAAAGGGCGAAGCAAAAAGAAUCCGCUGACAAUGAUCCACUAGACAAAGUAUCACUAAACCUACUCUUUCACGAGGGGGUCACCAACGAUGAAAUAAGGGUGAUCCACCCCAUCACGGAUAGGUUUGGCAAUUGGUGGGGAUUAGUUGGCACACGGAAAGUUGACAAUAGUGAUGAAGCAGAGAUUGAAGCUCAACUCGAAGAGGCAACGACGAUGGCAAACCAAAUGGCCCUUCAAGAUUUGCAUGGUGACAAUGAUGAAAGUGCGAAUCAAGAUGACAAUGUAGUGCUGAUGAUCAACCUUAGUGAGGAAAAAGAUUGCUCUGGGUUGAUUGUGGAUGCUGCAAUAGGGGUUUACCCAAACUGGACCGUGGAAUACACUCUAAAAUACAAAAUAAAAAAAGCUGACUCCGAUCUUAGUUCCAAUUUUGAGUCAACUCAGUCUGAGUCUAGUUUUUCGUCCUUUCAAACUACUGAGUCUAGAGUAGCCAAUAUCGUCCCGGUACCAAAGAAGACUGGGGGAAUCGGGGUCUGCAUAGAUUUCCGGGAUCUCAACAAGGCCAGUCCGAAGGAUGACUUUCUGUUGCCACAUGUAGAUGAACUAGUGGACAAUACCGCAGGACAUGCAUUGCUAUCCUUCAUGGAUGGAUUUUAUGGGUAUAAUCAAAUUUUGAUGUCCCCUGAGGAUAGGGAGAAGACCACCUUCACCACACCGUGGGGAACCUACUGCUAUCGAGUGAUGUUGUUUGGGUUGAAGAAUGUUGGAGCUACUUACCAAAGGAUGGCUACAACACUGAUGCACGACAUGAUGCACAAAGAAGUAGAGGUGUACGUCGAUGAUAUGAUAGUUAAAUCGAGGGAAAGAGAAGGACAUUAUGAAGCACUCCGAAAGUUCUUUGAGAGGAUUAGACAAUUUAAGUUACGUCUUAAUCCUUAA